UGGAAAACCUGACGACAAACGCUUAUUCAACCAGCUCUAAUCAUUAGGCUUGGCCAGGGCUCCCUCUGCAACAGCAGAGGUGACUGCCAGCAAGACGUCUUCCACUGGCAAGUGCCUUUCUAAUUCCUUGCUAAGAAUAACAUAAGUCGGGGACGUAAUGAGCUACUUGGAAGGUGUACCGUUCAGAGUGACCGUAAGCUUUGUGGACGAUCCUGUGGGAGAUGCCAACUUAGCCGACCAGCCGGAGAUUGAGCUGCCCGAGUGUGCAGAGGUCUUAACGUGCACAAUGCAUGAUUUUUCACUCGAGAAAAAGGUCCUUUACUGGAUCGACUCGGCCUCACGGCAAGAGAUUCCCUGGUUUAACGUGACCGCCAAUACGUACCCCACGGCCCCUCCUUGUUGGCUUCUGUUGGUGGACACUAAAGAAAACGUGGCUGGAAGCCACAAGGCCACCAAUUGCAAAACCAAAGAAAGAACACGUGUCCGAAGCUGUCUGAAUCUGGGCACCAGCUUUGAGAGGCGCCACUUCCCUGGCAGCAGAGAGAAGACGAUGAAAAGCGAGGAUUUAGACCAGGGUCCUGAGGAGCAGAAAGGUUCAGACGGCAAGGAGUCUUCCUCAGCCACCUCUGAAGAACCUGACAAUGAAGAGCCUUUAGCGCCAAUGCCCAGCGUUCUACCUCAGCUUUUUGAUCUUCCCCAAAACAGGCCAAAGACUUCCCCAGGGCAUCUAACUGCCGCGUCGGAAAGCAGCUGCCCGAGGUCCCUUUUGGGCAAGCAGAGGCAAUCCACACAUUUUUUAAACAACGUGAAGAACGAGUUGGAAGGUGCCAAGAAGAAGCUCUUGGCCGUCAUGCAUCCCUUAAACCGAACGUCCGUGGACUCUGCCUUGGUUUCGAACGCUUUCUCUCUCCACCAGCACUCCAGAAGCAGCAGGAAGUUCCGAUUCGGAGCCGGUUCCCCUCCUCGCUUAGCACAAACUUUAAUCCCAUCCCCACCACCUACUUCCUGUGGUAAGCCAAGUCGGCUUCAUUCCGCAGGGCUUGUCCGUCCCAUCCAACACCAUAAACCUACCGUGGCAUCUCUCAGCCCGUAUUCCUGCCUCCCACCCCCACCAGAGACCCAGCAACCUCUUAGUCCCCACAGAGCUCACCGGGACUCCAACGCCGACCUGCUCUCGGUGCUGAGCCAAGAGGAACGCGAACUGAUUGAACCGAUGGUCGCCUUGGGUUAUCCGAUCCGCCGAGCGAUCCUCGCUCUCCAGAAGACCGGGAGGCAAAGCUUAGGACAGUUUCUCAGUUAUCUCAGUGCCUGCGACAGACUUCUGAAACAGGGUUACGACGAGGCCCAGGUUAUAGAAGCCAUGGAAAUGUUCCAGAACUCAGAGAAAAAGGCAUCAGAAUUCCUUCGCCUCUUAGCCCAAUUCAACGACAUGGGUUUCCAACAAGCUGACAUCAAAGAAGUCCUCCUGUUGUGUGAAAACCACCGAGAUAGGGCCCUGGAGGAGCUCAUGACACAAAACCAAUGAAAACGGCCCAGCAUCCUCCCCUUCCCUCCCUGCCUCUCUCCUCCCCUUCCCAAACAAGCCUUUAAAUAUUGUACUCUCUCAAACCUUUA